ACACCUCUCCUCUUUUCACUCCCCCAAACACAGCCCAAACCACCCCCAAUAAAAAACCACCUCCAACUCCCACUCUCUCUCUCUCUCUCUCUCUCUCUUUUUCAUCGCUCCACUCUCUCUCUUCCAUGGCGUCAAUCUCGGGCCUCGGCUCUUCUUCAUCCACGUUCAAACCCGACAAAUUCACUCCCAAGACACCACUCUCUUCAUUACUCGCAAGAGAUUCGAUCUCGAUCGCAUUCCCUAACCGGUCCAAGUUCUUCGAGCGAUGCUGCGAUCGAGCUUCGAUUGUCCCCGCACAGUUAGUGGCUCGCGAAAUUCCGGCGAACCUGUCGAAUACGAACGACGGAUUGCCGGAGAAGAAGAAGAAGGGGCUGGAGAAGGAUCCGAGGGAGCUAUGGCGGAGAUACCUUGACUGGUUGUAUCAGCACAAGGAGCUUGGGUUGUACUUGGACGUGAGUCGGAUCGGGUUCACCGACGAGUUCGUGGAGGAGAUGGAGCCGAAGUUUCAGGCGGCGUUACGAGCCAUGAAGGAGCUCGACGAGGGCUCGAUUGCGAAUCCUGACGAGGGGCGAAUGGUCGGCCAUUAUUGGCUUAGGAACCCUAAGCUUUCGCCGAAUUCGUUCUUGAGGUUGCAGAUUGAGAACACGCUUGAAGCCUUGUGCAAGUUCGCCGACGAUGUGGUCAGUGGUAAGAUUAAGCCCCCAACCUCUCCUGAGGGUCACUUUACACAAGUACUUUCUGUUGGAAUUGGAGGUUCUGCCCUUGGACCACAGUUUGUUGCAGAGGCGUUGGCUCCUGAUAAUCCUCCUCUCAAGAUAAGGUUCAUUGACAAUACAGAUCCAGCUGGCAUUGAUCAUCAGAUUGCACAGCUUGGCCCUGAGUUGGCUUCUACGCUUGUAAUAGUUAUAUCAAAGAGUGGAGGCACUCCAGAAACAAGAAAUGGUUUAUUGGAAGUACAAAAAGCAUUCCGUGAAGCUGGCCUGGAUUUUGCAAAACAGGGUGUCGCAAUUACACAAGAGAAUUCAUUAUUAGAUAACACUGCAAGAAUUGAGGGAUGGUUAGCUAGAUUUCCAAUGUUUGACUGGGUGGGUGGUAGAACUUCAGUAAUGUCCGCAGUUGGCCUACUUUCAGCAGCGCUUCAGGGAAUUGACAUUAAAGAAAUCCUUGCUGGUGCAUCAUUGAUGGAUGAGGCAAAUAGGACCACCAUGGUGAGGGAUAACCCUGCAGCAUUGUUGGCUUUAAGCUGGUAUUGGGCCUCUGGUGGAGUAGGAUCCAAGGAUAUGGUUGUUCUUCCUUACAAGGAUAGCCUAUUAUUAUUUAGUAGGUAUUUACAACAGUUGGUCAUGGAAUCACUGGGGAAGGAGUUUGACCUAGAUGGUAAUCGGGUUAAUCAGGGACUUACUGUUUAUGGAAAUAAAGGGAGCACGGAUCAGCAUGCCUACAUCCAACAACUGAGGGAGGGCGUGCACAACUUCUUCGUGACGUUCAUUGAAGUCCUGCGUGAUAGACCCCCUGGCCAUGAUUGGGAGCUUGAACCAGGGGUCACAUGCGGUGACUACCUGUUUGGUAUGUUACAGGGAACAAGGUCAGCUUUGUAUGCCAAUGACCGGGAGUCCAUCACAGUCACUGUGCAAGAAGUGACAUCUAGAUCAGUGGGGGCACUAAUAGCACUGUAUGAGCGAGCAGUUGGGAUUUAUGCCUCACUGGUCAAUAUUAACGCUUAUCAUCAACCUGGUGUGGAAGCUGGGAAAAAAGCAGCAGGAGAAGUAUUAGCUCUACAAAAGCGUGUUCUUGCAGUACUCAACGAGGCCAGCUGUAAAGAGCCCAUUGAACCAUUAACACUCAAUGAAGUAGCUGAUCGAUGCCAUGCUCCUGAAGAUAUUGAGAUGAUUUACAAGAUUAUCAUGCACAUGGCUGCCAACGAUAGAGCACUUAUUGCCGAAGGCAGCUGUGGUUCACCUCGUAGCAUCAAAGUUUACAUUGGAGAAUGUAAAGUUGAUGAAAUGUACGCAUAAGUUGCACCUGCAUAAACACGCUUCAUGAAUAAUCUAUCAGUCGACAGAAAAAGGCACCUGACAACUGUUUUGGAGAGUCAGUUUUGGAUCUUUGUUGAGAUUUGAGAAUAAUUUAUCGGAAUUGUCUUGGUUCUGUAGUUUAUUUUUGCUUUUAGCAUUGCGUGCCAUAUCAAUCUCAGGGUCGCGGGAUGUUUGGAAAGACUUUCCAUGGAUUUGUCAGCAAGUCACUGGCACUUCCUCAUGGUAUAAAUGAACAAUAAUUGAUACUUCGGUGGUUUUGAUCUGUAACAGUGUGUAGGCUGAAAUCGACAGCCCAUCAAUUAUUUGGUUAAUAUGUACUCAAAAGAUUUCAUCACUUUAGUUCAAAUUUCAUUUUCCCCAACAACUUUCACUUU